GAAACGGCCCGGGGCUGAGCUGCACUCAGAUCCUGGGAUGGAGGGAGCCGGAGAAGAGGAGUGAGGAGGCCGGCAAGCAGGCCCUGCUGCCCUGCUGGAGGCCGGCGGCCUGUUGUGGCAGUCGAGGAGCUGGCAGCCCAGAAAGGGAAGGGGUCAGGAGGUCGGGCCUGGGCCUCAGCAGGCUCAGACGAGGCCCACGAAGGCAGCCCCAGGCGCCCUGGAGUUCAGGGCCCUGGCCUCGCCCGGUUGUCCAAAGAAGGCCAAGGCCAGGCCUCUAGUGGGGAAACUGAGUCAGACCCCGGCCUCAGGGCACGGCCCAGGGGCGCGUGUGAGCCAAGUUAGGGGCAGGGGACCAAGCCGCUUGAGGGUCUCCAAGACUAAGGGGGGUAGGGGGCUUCAGGGCCUCCCAGUCCAGAGCUGGAUUGGCGAGUCAGACGCUUGUAGAUCCGAGGUUGGAUUGGGGAGGGGUCUCUGGGACGCUGGCCAGCUAGGCAAGGAUUGGGGGGAUUUAAGUGCUUGGAGAUCGAAGGCAGGUCUUGAGGAGGGGGACUGAGACAAUUGGAAAGCCGAGGUGGUUAUUUGGGGAGGGGUCUUCGCGCUUGGGCGAGGCGCAUUGCUGCUCCUGCCUCGCUCGAGGUCUGAGGCCUCGUGAAGAGAAGCUGCCGUGAAGGGUGGGCCGACUAGGCCAGGCCAAGAGCAAGAAAGUGAACAAAUCAGGAAUAUAAGUGGGCGGGGGGCCCCUGAGAGGGGGGUCACAAAGGGUGAGCCAUGGCCACCAGGCGUUUAACCGACGCUUUCUUGUUGUUGCGGAAUAAUUCCAUCCAAAACCGGCAGCUGUUAGCCGAGCAACUCGCCGACGACCGAAUGGCUCUGGUGUCAGGCAUUAGCUUAGACCCAGAAGCAGCGAUUGGCGUGACAAAAUGGUCACCUCCUAAAUGGGUGGACGGAGUGGAUGAAAUCCAGUAUGAUGUCAGCCGCAUCAAACAGAAGAUGAAGGAACUCGCCAGCCUACACGACCAGCAUCUGAACAGACCCACCCUGGAUGACAGCAGUGAGCAGGAGCACGCCAUCGAGAUCACCACCCAGGAGGUGACGCAGCUCUUCCACAGGUGCCAGCGCGCGGUGCAGGCUCUGCCCAGCCGGGCACGCCGGACCUGCUCGGAGCAGGAGGAGCGGCUGCUGCGCAACGUGGUGGCCUCGCUGGCGCAGGUGCUGCAGGAGCUCUCCAGCGGCUUCCGGCACGCGCAGGCCGGCUACCUGAAACGCAUGAAGAACCGAGAGGAGAGAUCCCAGCAUUUCUUCGAUACGUCAGUGCCACUGAUGGAUGAUGGAGACGAUGCUACUCUUUAUGAUCGGGGUUUCACAGACGAGCAGCUGGCGCUGGUGGAGCAGAACACGCUGAUGGUGGAGGAGCGGGAGCGGGAGAUCCGCCAGAUUGUGCAGUCCAUUUCUGACCUCAAUGAAAUAUUCAGGGACUUGGGAGCGAUGAUCGUGGAGCAGGGCACAGUCCUUGAUAGAAUUGAUUAUAAUGUUGAACAGUCCUGUAUCAGAACUGAGGACGGCUUGAAAGAGCUUCACAAGGCAGAGCAGUAUCAAAAGAAGAAUCGGAAGAUGCUUGUGAUUUUAAUAUUAUUUGUCAUCAUCAUCGUCCUCAUUGUUGUCCUCGUCGGCGUGAAGUCUCGCUGAGCGGCCCGGGUAUGUGCGCCGCGCGGAUCAGGUCGGGCCGCGCCGCUGCCCGCGGCGGGGGUGCUGCCGGGCCGCCUCGUGGACUCCGCGGCUCCCGCGGGGGCGGCCUCUGGUUUCCUUCAGUGGCGACAACGGGAGGGCCUCGGCACUGCCGCAGACUGGAGGUGGAGUCCUGUCACCAGUGGCGGUGCGUCCCUGCGGCGCGAGAAGAGGAGCGGAGCGUGGGCGGGCACUCCGCAGGCUGUUCGAUGUUGUUGUGUGUGUGCUGUUUCUCUUAGCAGACAUGUCUGAGCAGCGUGGUAAAAUAAUUUUUGGAAAAAAAAAUUUUGAAAACCACUUGGGUUUUCAGGAUUUGGUAUCAAAAAUGUAUGGGUAGAGGCAAAAAUGCCUCUUCAUCUUUCUGUUUAUUUUCCAGCUGAAAACAAACCGAGAAGUCCUUUAAGAAUUUAUAAUCCGUUCCCCAUUACCUUAAUUUCACUUUUCCAUCACUGUUAAUGAUCAGAGUAACAAAGUGUGAAAAAUAAGAAACCAUCAUUGAUGUUAAUUAACACAUUUAGAUGGGCCAGUUAAAACAGCUUUGUAAGUUUAAAUCAGUUGCGAAAGGUGCGGUCCUCGUCGGAGGCCUCGCGCUGCGCCAGAAGGGCUGCUGAGCAACACCGCCUGCAUUUCAAAGUUGGUGACUGAACUAACCUCGCAUUAAAAGGAAGCUGAGGAGCGUCACGAAAGUCACCAGAAUCGGCCAGUAUGCCCCUGGGUGCGUCCCCGGCCAUCCUUGCUCAGUCCAUUGCUUGUGUACUAACUGCAUAACGACCUGUUCAAACCAGCCAGCACUUCAUGAACUGUGAAUUCACACAGAGGCCAUUCUAAAUGGGCCACCCCAUUCGGGUCUCAAAUUAUUAACCAAACAUCACUCCAUUUCAAAGUAAAAUAUUCCACCAGAGGUGUGAUUUACGGGCUGUCCCGUCGCCGCCGCACAUGCCCGGGAGCGGGGCACCUUCCUGCAGGCUGUGCGGACCGGCCGGGCGGUCCCCGCCGGAGUGCGGGCGGAGCGGCCCCCCGGGCGGGGCUCCGUCGCGGGCGGGGGGCCGCUGUGGUGCUCCGGUGCCUGCCUGGAGCUGUGGCCGUGUCAAGAGGCAAGGAAGACUCUGAAAAUGGAAGCCGUUCGUGCUUUCAUUGCCCUUGAGACAUGAGUAGGGUUUUAGUGGUUUUUGUAUAAUUUUUGAUAGCUUUUCCAUUGUUUUUACCUCUCUGAGCUACAUUUUAUUUCGACCAGUUACCUAAAACGCUUCUCUAGAAUUUGACUUUGAAGUUGUUUCUGGAAAUUUAAACUCGAGUCCAGAGGUUCAGGGUGUCUCAGCCCUCCCUCCCCAAGCCGUUGAUGGCACCAGGGAACCACCUGUUUUAUUGGUGAGGUGGCUGUAGGAUGACCUGAAGGUGUCCCUGGCAUCUCAGGAGAUGGCAUCGUGUUUCCUGACACACAGUUAUUUAUUAGGAGGAAAAAUCAGGGACUAAGAAGCCAGCCUGGCCUCACUCACCCUGACAGGCGGCGCUCCGGCAGAUGUCGAGGUAGCCGCAGACGCUCCCUUCCCUGUCCCUGCUAACCCUCGCCCAGCAGUGGAGUCCAGGCCCCUACGGACCAGCUGCUCCGGGAGAGGGGCUGUUUAGAGCGGGGGCCCGCCUCCCAGGCGUCUCUAGUGCUAGAACUGGAUCGCUGUUGACGCUUUUAAGAUGCUGUCUUAACUGACCUUGAAGGAAAUUGACCCUUUGAGAAAGGACCCCUAUUUAUUUAUAUUUACUUGCAGUGAAUAGGGUGAUUAAGGUUAGUUUUUGUCCCCCAGCCCGUUUGGGUAAAGUCAUGGAUCUGACUGGAAGUGGCAUUGAGGCUGUCGCUGUGGCGGAAGGGCCGCACGUUCUGGUGGACACCAGGGCGGCGCCAGCGGGAGCCCCGGCCGCCUGGCGCCUGCACCCUGGCUGGCCGGGCUCCUCCCAGCACUGCAUUUUCCUGCUGCAGGAAGAUCGGCACUGGGGACGGUAAGAGCGACUCAGGCAUGGUGUCCUGGAACCUCGGGGCCAUUCCUUUCCCCUGGAGGGGCUGGCUCCUUGACCUGCCGAAGCCGCCAUCUGUGUGAGGGCCCUGGCCGGGAUGAUGGCUCGGUGGGCCUGUCCCAUCACCGGGGCUUUGCCCUGAGACGAGGGCCAGCAGGGACCCUGCCCCGCUCCCAGUCCUGGGGGUUCCGCGCCUGGCGAGAGGGGACGUGGGAAGCUGCACUGGUCAGUUGCCCAGAGCCCCCGCCCUGCGCCCAGAUGGUAGCUGGAGUCGACUGUCUCUGGUUUCAUUAUUCGGAGGGGCGGGUGGGGGGUACGUGUGGUCGGCUUUGCCGUGGGCGCAAGGCCGAGCCUGUCGGUCCCAGGCUGCUGCGCUGCGCUGCGCUCGCUGGGAGAGUGUUGCUUGUUCUGACGCAGGUGCUUUCAGUGUCCCUCCCGGCUAAUGGCUUCUUGAAGGUAAUGAAACCCUCCCAACCUAAUUGGUCAGAUAAGACUUUUUUCUGGUGUGCUUAAAUAAAGCAAUUAGCGCAGCGCUUCUAUCCAACAUGCCUUUUUUUGUCCUUUUUUAAAACUAAUUUACUGUUACUGGAAACUUUUUUGUACAAUAAAGCAA